GCAUAGAAUUCUAUAAUAUAUAUAUAUAAAACAACACAUUAUAUUUAAUAAUUUAUUUUCGGUUUAAUCAGCGCCAUGUAAAAUACAAGAAAAAGCUACCAAAUGAAGCUGUGAAGCAGAUGUAGGCUUGGGAAAUGUUAGUUGGGUUGGACUGUAAAGGAGGAUGGAAGGAUUGGCAUUGAUUGGGCCUAAUGGCCUAUCCAUAAAAUGGCCCAACAGUUUUCAUGUGGUUAGUGGUCCGUCACGUGAAACCGUAACAUGCUGUUUUGCCAAAAAGUAUGAACGACGCCAUUGACACUUUGACAUGUCACGAACUCUUGCUAUUUUGUGUUUGCCUUAUUUCCUCCCAUAGAAAGUAAUCGGGGUUUGAAAGGAAAACCAGAAUAGCUAAAGGAAUUUAGUAACGCAAUGUUUUGAUGAUAAUUUAGUUUUCCCCCUUGUCACAAAGGUCAACUAGACCUCUUAAUUAAUGUUUGUCAUUACAUAAUUAGGGCUGGAGGUUCGGUUAUCGGUUGCCGGUUAACCGAUAACCGAAAAUUAUAUGCUUCGGUUGGUGGUCGGAGCUCCUAAUAGGUAAUUUGGUUAACUGAUAAUAACAAAAAAUAACCGACCGACCGCCCCCCUCACCAAAACCACGUGAAAAUACCCGGUUAUGAAGUUUAUAACUUUAUGUUGUUGAAUUUGAUACAUUAAUUUGGUGAUUUAGAUGUAGAAAUGUAAGUUAGAACCUUUUAUUUUAGGCAAUUCUAAUAAUUUUACCCGGUUAAAACCGAACCACCAUCAUUUUUCGGCUAUCUCGGUUAACCGAUCAACUAACCGAUAACCGACCGGUCGGUUAUUGGUUAACCGAGGCAUUGGCGUCGGUCGAUGUUCGGUAGGGGGAGAUGGUGCUUCGGUUAACCGAUAACCGACCAAUCGGUUAUCGGUUAUAACCGAACCGAACCGAAUCCACCCCUACAUAAUGUAACUUUGGUUCUCUAUUUGACUUUUUGGUUUCGUAUAAUCUCACUCCGACGAGAAAUUGCAUUGGACAAUUUAGUAUUAUGGUAUUCGUGAUAAAAUAUAGCAAUGUAUUCAGCUAACAUUGUGCUUCACAAACUGGGAUCACCGGGAUUCGAACACAAGAUUUUUUGGUCACAUAAGGGUCUGAUACCAUAUCAAGAACCAGUUGAUCUCAAUAACUCGAAUUGUUGGGAGAGAUUCAAUCGUGGAUCGUAUAUUAUUCACUAACAUUACCGACUAUAAAAUAAAGUUCAACGUGUUAAAAUGGAAUUUACAGUGAAUCAAAUAUUUACCCUUCGAAUUUUUCCCCCCGAUUGAGAAAGUCCAACAACCAACAUGAUAGCACGGUAAACAGAAAUGGAUGCAUCCCCCUGGAGAAUCUCUUUCCUCGUCCAAUGGUUUUCUCUUAAACAAGAAGAAAUGAAAAACAAAAGAAGAAACGACGAGAGAGAGAGAUUCCAGAAGGAAGUGAUGACAAUAUAAUGACAACAUCCUUUCUCAAUCCUUCCUCUCAAUUCCUUUUGAACUCUCCAGCUUCUUUGGGGUAUAUGAUGGUGGGGAAGCUUGAUUCAUAAAACUUUAACGUACUACCACUCGCCACCACCAGGUCCCCUAUCUCUUCUCCUCCUCCUCCUCUUUCUUCUUAAUUACGAGACAGAGAAAGUGUUUUAAGACUUCACAACCACACCCCAUAAGUUUCCCUGAGAACCCAUUUGGCGUAAUUCAGUCAUACCUCUCUGGUAAUGGAGGAAGAGAUUGAUCGGCUCCCAACCGACCUUCUGUCUCACAUAUUCGCUUUCCUCACUUCCUUCACCGAUUUAGCUCAGGCAACUGGGGUUUGCAGGAAAUGGAAGGAAGGAGUGAAGCAGUCGGUGGGGAGAAGGCGGUGUUUGAGCUUUGCUGGGUGGAAGAUGGAUGAUGAUUCCACUGCCCGUCUCGUCCAUCUAGCCUUCUCCCUCAAAGAACUUGACAUAUCAAGGAGCAGGUGGGGUUGCCAAGUGACCGAUGAGGGUCUCUGCAGAAUCUCUGCAGCAAACUGCGUCCCAAACUUGACAUCCAUCUCACUUUGGGGAAUGACUGGAAUCACUGAUCAUGGCGUUGUUCAUCUGAUAUCGAAGGCUAGCUCCUUGCAGCACCUGAACAUUGGUGGCACGUUCAUCACUGAUGAUUCCUUGUUCGCCAUUGCGGAAAGCUGCCCACAUUUGAAGAGUAUUGUGCUGUGGAGCUGCCGUCAUGUGACGGAGGUUGGACUUGUUAGUCUGGUAAACAAGUGCAGGAAGCUGGAAGCGAUGGAUGUGUGGGGAACUAGAGUUCCAGUCGACUGUUUCAUUGCUCUGCUCACCAUUAGUCCAGCUCUGCACAUAAAGGCAGCUGGGUUGCUGUCCAACAAUGGUGGUGCUACCUCGGCUUCUAUGUUGCCUGUCGCUUGAGGAAAUUCGAUUUGUGUUUCAUUUGUAAAGAUUUGUUCUUUUGUAUUUCAAUUGUUUGUUGAAAUAAUUGCUCAAAAGUGCAGAGUGAUUGUCCUGCCUGCCAAUGUUCUGUAAAGUACUACAGUUUUCCUUUACCCCCCCCCCCCCCCCCCCCCCCCCCCCCCCCAUCAUUGUAUACACAGAUGUAAUAUAAAUGAAGUGAUCGA